AUGAGUUUCACGUGGUUUCCAGUUGCCGUGUUAUUGACGACAUUCGUCAAUUUUGGCAUAUCAAGUCAGAAAGUAGUGCAUUGUUACUAUGGUUCCUGGGCUACAUAUCGCCCGAGUUUGGGAAAAUUUGAUGUGGAAGAUAUUGAUACAAGCUUAUGCACUCAUCUAGUGUACGCGUUCGCAGGAAUAAACUCUCAAGGAACCAUUAUAUCUCUAGAUCCUUAUCUAGACCUGCCUGAAAACUGGGGCCGUAACAAUUUUGCUAAAUUCAAUGCUUUGAAAGUUGGUAAACCAAAUCUAAAAACAAUUUUGGGUGUUGGAGGAUGGAACGAAGGAUCAGCAAAAUACUCCAGGAUGGCAGCCAGCCCGCUUUUAAGGAAAAACUUUACAAUAAGCGCUGUCAAGAUUAUUCUAGAUCAUGGAUUUGAUGGCUUAAAUCUGGACUGGGAGUAUCCCAAUCGCCGUGAUUCAGUUAAUGGUGCAGCUGACAUAGAAAAUUUCGUCUUACUAUUAGGUGAAUUGAGGCAGGAAUUUGAUAAGCAUGGGCUUUUAUUAAGUGCGGCGGUAGCUGCAGUAAAGGAUAUGGCGUCAUUGUCGUAUGAUAUACCAGGUAUUAGCAAAUAUUUGGAUUUGGUCAAUAUAAUGACGUAUGACCUGUACGGACCUUGGGAUCCAACCACCGGUCACAACGCUCCUCUACACAAAGGCGAAAGUCAAGCACAGUUUCCCAAAGAACAAUUAUACACUGUUGAUGUAGCCAUUGAUUAUUGGAUAGGCAGCGGUUGUCCGCCCGAGAAGCUGCUGAUAGGAUUGCCCGCGUACGGGCAUACUUUCACAUUAUCCAGCGCUGGUGCAAACGGAGUAGGCGAUCCGUCAAACGGUCCCGGAUUAGCCGGACCCUAUACGGCUACGAACGGCAACAUCGGUUACAAUGAAUUUUGCUACAAAUUGAAAACAGAAGCGUGGGACCUUCGUUACGACAAACUAGCGAUGGUCCCUUAUGCCGUCCAAGGAAAGAAUUGGGUGUCAUAUGACGACGCAGAUUCUCUUAGAGCUAAAGUCGAAUAUGCACUGAAGCAGAACAUCGCCGGAGUCAUGGUGUGGAGUAUAGAAACCGAUGACUUUCGCGGCGUCUGCAGUGAUGAGAAGUAUCCGCUACUAAAAUCAAUCAACACAGCUUUAGGCAACAUUCCCAACAACGCAACGCAGACAACCAUCAACUCUACUGCCACAACUCCAUCAAUGACCCCGACUACCCCUAAACCGACAACUACAGUACCCAAUACCGGCGGAACAACGGCCCCGUCUUCAAUUUGUAAAUCGGAAGGUCUCCAACCAGACCCGGCAGAUGUCACUUCUUUCUACAUAUGCGUCAGCGAUAUAAAUGGAAACUUGAUUCCCUAUAAAUUCAAAUGCCCAAACAACCUUCACUGGGAUAACGCAAACCUCAUUUGCAACUACCCGGAUCAAAUAAAAGUGCUA